GCGGGGACGCGGGGUCGCGGCGGACAAAGGGCCAUGCGGGGCCGCGGGCGCUGAGCGCGGCGCGAUGCCGUGGUUCCCGGUGAAGAAGGUCCGCAAGCGGAUGAAGCUGCUGCUGCUGCUGCUGCUGCUCACCUGCGCCGCGUGGCUCACCUACGUGCACCUGAGCCUGGCGCGCCAGGGCCGCGCGAUGCGACAGCGGCCGGGCCACGCGCGAGAUGGUGAAAAGCUGGCCGAUGUGACAGAUGGCCGGGGUAUCCAGGGGGCGCCGUCCACGCAGAGGGCAGAGGACUCCAGCGAGAGUCGUGAGGAGGAGCAGGCGCCUGAAGGCCAGGACGCAGAUGAGCUGUUUCCUGGGGGGGCUGGGAAGCCACCCCCACUGAACCUCACCCAUCAGGUGCCCAAGUGGCAGGAGAAGUUCAAGGGGCAAGUGAACCUGCACGUGUUUGAGGACUGGUGUGGGGGCGCCGUGGGCCACCUGAGGAGGAACCUGCACUUCCCGCUGUUCCCCCACACCCGCACCACCGUGAGGAAGCUGGCCGUUUCCCCCAGAUGGAGGAACUACGGACUCAGGAUCUUUGGCUACAUCCACCCGGCGAGAGAUGGCGACGUCCAGUUCUCGGUGGCUUCAGACGACAACUCUGAGUUUUGGCUGAGCCUGGAUGAGAGCCCAGCAGCCGCCCAGCUUGUGGCCUUCGUGGGCAAGACUGGCUCUGAGUGGACAGCGCCUGGUGAAUUCACCAAGUUCAGCUCCCAGGUGUCCAAGCCCAAACGGCUCAUGGCCUCCCGGAGGUACUACUUUGAACUGCUUCACAAGCAGGAUGACCGGGGCUCAGACCAUGUGGAAGUGGGUUGGCGCACAUACCUGCCGGGCCUGAAGUUUGAAGUCAUCAGCGCUGCUCACAUCUCCCUUUACACAGAUGAGUCCUCCCUGAAGAUGGACCAUGUGGCCCACGUGCCCCAGUCUCCAGCCAGCCAUGUCAGGGGCCACCUGCCCAAGGAGGAGUCCAGCGCAGACAUGCUGCGCCCAGACCCCAGGGACAGCUUCUUCCUCACACCCCGGAUAGAGCCCUGGAGCCUGGAGAGCGUGCUGGAGCCCUGCGCCUACGCACCUACCUACGUUCUCAAGGACUUCCCCAUCGCCAGAUACCAGGGCCUGCAGUUUGUAUACCUGUCCUUCGUGUAUCCCAAUGACUACACCCGCCUCACGCACAUGGAGACGGAGAACAAGUGCUUCUACCGAGAAUCUCCCCGGUACCUGGAAAGGUUCGGUUUCUACAAAUACAUGAAGAUGGACAAGCAGGAAGGGGAGGACGGGGAGGAGGAGCAGCAGCGCCGGGCCUUCUUGUUCCUCAGCCCCGAGGACUUCCUGGACGAAGAGGACGAGGGGGAGCUGCUGGACAGCCUGGAGCCCACCGAGGUGGGCCCACCGCGGAGCGGACGCAGGCCUCCCACACCACCGCUGGCGGAGCGCGAGCCAGAGCUCUCAGCUUCCCACGGCCCUCAGUCCCGCCACUCCCGCGCGCUGCGCUGGGCCAUGCGCCCCCUGUCCCUCUUCCUGGGCCACGCGCCACCCCCGCGCGCCGCUGAGAAGCCUCCUGCCAAGGUGUAUGUGACGCGCGUGCGGCCCCGACCGCGGGUGUCCCCACGUGGCCCGGCCUGGCCUCCCCUGGCCGGCGUCCUCCUGCGUGCCCGCGCCGUGCCACGAGCGCAGCUGCGUGCACCUCGGCCCCGGCGCAGGUCCCGCGGGCCCCCAGGCACAGAGCCCCCCGCGCCGUCCACCCUCGGGGCCCCGCAGGCCCACGCGCCCACACCGGAUGUGAACUCCUCGGCUGCCGCGCAGCCCAUGACCUCCUUCCUGAGCUUGUCCCAGGUGUCCCGGCCGCAGCUGCUCGCCGAGGGCGAGGGGGAGGAGGAGGACCGGGCCCCUGGCGACGAGGUGGCCUCAGAGGACAGCGAGGAGGAUGCCGCGGGCCGCGUGCCCGGGCACUGGCGAGAAGAUGCUAUCGACUGGCAGCGCACAUUCAGCGUGGGCGCUGUGGACUUCGAGCUGCUGCGCUCAGACUGGAACGACCUGCGCUGCAACGUGUCCGGCAAUCUACAGCUUCCGGAAGCCGAGGCCGUGGACGUGGCGGCCCAGUACAUGGAGCGCCUCAAUGCUCGCCAUGGCGGGCGCUUCACGCUCCUGCGCAUUGUGAACGUUGAGAAGCGCCGCGACUCGGCGCGCGGCAGCCGCUUCUUGCUGGAACUGGAGCUGCAGGAGCGCGGCGGGGGCCGCCUGCGCCUGUCAGAGUUCGUCUUUCUCCGAGUGCCGGGUGCGCACGCCCGCGGCGAGGAGGGAGGGAGCCCCGAGCCCCCUCCCGCUGCUUCCACGCGCCCAGACAGCCGCCCUGAGCUCUGCCGACCGCUGCGCCUCGCCUGGCGCCAGGACGUGGCCGUGCACUUCAUCGUGCCAGUUUCUGGCGGACAUGGCCUCACUGCACGCGCGCACGGGAGACUCGCGCUUCAGCGUCAUCCUGGUGGACUUCGAGAGCGACGACAUGGACGUGGAGCGCGCCCUGCGCCAGGCACGGCUGCCCGGGUAUCAGUACCUGAGACGGACGGGGAACUUCGAGCGCUCUGCUGGGCUGCAGGCCGGAGUGGAUGCUGUGCAGGACCCCAGCAGCAUCGUCUUCCUCUGCGACCUGCACAUCCACUUCCCACCCAGCAUCCUGGACAGCAUCCGCAAGCACUGCGUGGAGGGCACGCUGGCCUUCGCCCCCGUGGUCAUGCGCCUGGGCUGUGGGAGUUCCCCUCGCAACCCGCAGGGCUACUGGGAAGUGAACGGCUUUGGUCUCUUCGGGAUCUACAAGUCCGACUUCGACCGCGUGGGAGGCAUGAACACGGAGGAGUUCCGAGACCAGUGGGGAGGCGAGGACUGGGAGCUCCUGGACAGGGUCCUGCAGGCGGGGCUGGAGGUGGAGCGACUCCGACUGCGGAACUUCUACCACUACUACCACUCCAAGCGGGGCAUGUGGGGCACACGCAGCCGCAGGGGGACCCGCGAGGAGCCGGCCUGAGGCCGGGCAGCACAGCCACCACCCGUGCCUCCCCAUCCGGCCUGGCCCGGCGGCCUCCCCGGAGGCCCCCUUCCCAGCCAGGCUGCCAGGCUGCCUCGGUCCUCACGCUCCGAGAUGAUUUCUGUGAAAUUUUCAGUAGCGAUGACAUUGUUUCCAGGAUUUCCAAGAGUUCUGUCUGUUCCGUUUUUAUUCAGAUUGAAAUGAAAUAUUUUUUUUAGUUCUGA